AUGCUUUUUAGUUGGCUUUCAUUAGUACUCGGACCAAUGGCAAUCACACGAAUGAUAAUGAAUAUUGGUGCGUUCAUUCUGUUGAUAUUACAUUAUCUAUCAAAUAUGGCCGAUUUACCACGAACGACUGGCAUCACGGCUAUUGAUAUCUGGAAGAUCGGUACAAUGGUAUUCGUUGUCGCAACUCUUUUUGAGUUGGUCGUUGUGACAUGCAUGGCUAGUGUUGGACGUUCGAGGCGUUUAACGCGUUGUUGUCGUAGACUACCGAGCAGUAAGCAUCGACGAUAUUCAAUGGAACCACUCUACGAGGAAUUGAAUGAUUUGAGGCAGCGUAAAACACGGUUUUUUUCUUUUCCUUAUUCAGAAUAUUUUCUUCGCAUACCAAGUUUUAAUUUGAACCCAUUGGUUAUUUGA